AAUCUCAAAUAGAUAUCAGAUGUCAGUAUCGUAGGAACAAAAGAUUUCCUCUACUUCCACUCUUAAAGAUGAUUAAAAUCUCUAAAGAAAGCAGAGUCAUUUAUAAAAUUUUCUAAGGAGAAAUGAUUUAAAAUCGAUUAUAAGAAUUUUACAAACUGAUAAAAAGUCAAGGUUAAGGCAUUCUCCUUAUUUUUAGAACUAAUUAUCCAAAGCUGAAAUACCUAAACUAAAUAUAUCAUGUUGGUCAAAAUUUAUGCAUAAGAGGUGAUAAUAGAUCUGUCUAUGUGGCCAAGCUCAUUAAGAUUGUGAAACUAAUGGAUCAAGAGAAUAACUGCAUACCGUUUAUAAAAGUAUAGUGGUUUUAUAGGAAAACUGAAUUGAUAGGGUUAUAAAAGGAUCAUUUAGAUUGUAUAUCUGAAAAUGAGGUUUUUAAGACUAAUGAAUUCGAUUAUAUAGAAAUUGAAAGCAUUAUUGGAUUAGCUAUCAUUUUAAGUUAUGAAGAAUAUGAUCAUAUAGAAGAGCUAAAUGAUAAUAUAUUUUUUAUGAGAGCUUCAUAUAUUAAUGAAAAGUUAUUGCCACCUUUUGAAUAAUGGAAAAAGAUUUGUGUCUGUAAAAGACCUGCAAAUCCAGAUUUAAAGUACUUAUAUUAUAUUAUACUAUAUUAGGUAUGUAUUUUGUGAGAUAUGUAAGUAAUGGAUUCAUCUGAAAUGUAUUGGACUUAGUUAGGAUUAAGCAAAGAGAUUAUAAAAAUAUAUAUGUCCAGAAUGUAAAAAAAACUGA